GGUAAAUAGUUGUCAGCUAGUUCAAACGAUUGGCAUUGAGCUGAUUGAUAAGUUUUUAGGCCAAAAAAGUGAUUUCGUAACAAACUUAAAGCAGACGUUUCACUUGAUGGCCAAAUCAACAGAUGGUAAUUUAACGAAAAAUCGAACUCACAUCGAUGAUAUUAGCGAUAAUUUUGCACUGGCUAUCGACAACAUUUGGUACACCCUAAUCGAAUUGGAAACAUCGUUGCACGAACGUAUCAUCGUUUCGAUGAAACUCUUCAACGACACAAUUCGCACGAUAAUUGAAAACUUUAAUGACAAAAGCAAUGAAACGUUCCACAUUCGGUCGGCUUGCGAUACCUAUUUCCAAUCAUAUGAUGAUGGUUACAACGAUGCCAACAACGAUCCAAACAACAAAACCACGCAAAAACGCCACAUGAACAUUAUCGAUCAAAAACUCGAUCUAAUGUGUACGAGAGCUAAUAAAUGGCUCGAGAAAAUCAUCGAACAAUACGAAUUAGAUGAAUACAACCGGAACAGAGCAAAAAUAAUGGAAAUCAGUGAUUUUAUUGAUGCUGAACGACAAACAUUUUCUCAGCUGAAGGAUAAUCUAAUUGCUAAAUAUGAAUUGCAGGCUCUUUUUUAGAUCGCAACAUUGAACAUUCU